UCAUCGAAGGCUUUUUGCGGUGGCUGAGGAGGUCGGAAGAAGAUGGCUUCCAAGUUUCUCGUGCUGCUGGGGUUGACAGCAUUGGUCGCUCACAGUGCUGCCACAUUCGGAAAAGAGCAUGUCCAUAUCAGAGUACAUCUUCCAUCCGAAGAGACCCAUCACCAUAAAGAGAUAGUCCACGAAGUCCACGGUGGUGGAGGAGGAGGCCAUGGAGGAGGUUAUGGAGGAGGAGGAGGCUUCGGAGGAGGCCACGACCAUCAUCAUGGCGGCGGAGGCGGAGGAGGUUUCGGAGGAGGCUUCGGAGGAGGCUUCGGAGGAGGUCACGACGAUCACCAUGGCGGCGGAGGCGGAGGAGGUUACGGAGGAGGCUUCGGAGGAGGCUUCGGAGGGGGUCACGACGAUCAUCAUGGCGGCGGAGGCGGUGGAGGUUUCGGAGGAGGCUUUGGAGGAGGCUUCGGAGGAGGUCACGACGAUCACCAU